AUGAUUUCGAGGCAGCCAUCCCUAAGAGUCGCGGUCCUCCGCAAUUAUGACACCCCGGCCCAAUGGGGUAAGGACAUGGUCGAGUCAUGGAGGACUUGUAUACAGGCCAUCAGACCGGGCUCCGAGAUUGAGGUCUUUCACCCCAUCACUGAUGGAGUGUUCCCCAAUGCCGAGGAGUUUGACCUCAUCAUUCUCACCGGCGGAGUUUUCAACCUGAUUUUACCUGAUUUGGACCCUUGGGUGGAGAAAACUUUAGAUUUUGUGAGGCACACUGUAGGGCUACAAUCCGGCCCUAAGAUUGCCGGAAUUUGCUGGGGUCACCAAGCGAUUUGCCGGGCUAUGGGUGGCAAGAUUGGCUGGAAUCAUGAAGGGGAUGUCGUUGGUGUCCAGCAGCUUCAAUGCACACAAGCGGGAAUGAAAUUCUUUGGUCUUGACAAAGAGGGAGUGAAAUCGAGUAAAUUGGCGCUGCACAAGUUUCACAAACGAUCUAUUGCAACGCCUUCUCCUGAUUUUACGGCCUUGGCUGAGGACCACGAAAUUCUUUUGUCCCUGGAUAAUAAGAUAAUCACGUUUCAAGGUCACCCUGAGAUGACAAACAUUGUGGCCAAGGGUAUCCUCGAUGCCGAUGAUGGAGCGUACACGGCGAAAGCAACAGAAGAAGAAGUGAAGGAAAUGUAUGCUAGAUUUGAGUUACCACAUGAUGGGCAGCAGGUUCUCCAAAGGGUUAUCAAGUGGCUAGACGAGUAA